CAAAGACUUUAAACGCACCAAGUUGCCUUGCCUCCUCCUCGGCCGAAAAAGAUAUUUUGUUGUAAGCCAUGAAUCUACGCUACAUUUGCACAUUGUCGGCGCUGCCCACGCUCUAUGUGCUGCUCGUUCUGCUCUCGGAAUUCAUCGAGGAGGGUUUGGCUCAGUCUCAGGAUCCUUUAUUUGAAUUGCCUGUGCAGCUAGUUGGUUUCCCUGUUAUUGUACUCUCGGUGCGUUUGUCGCAGUUUGCCAAAAAGUUGGCCUACUCCCUGAGUCCAAGCACUUAUCGUUCUCGCAGCAGACGCGAUGCUAGCCAUCCGCUCUCCUUGGACGCCGAGUUGGCUCAGAAGGAGAUCUUGCGUGAGUUUGGACCAAGGGCUUGCAUUCUCGAGGAGCCUUGCCGUGUGCAUGCCUCACGUCCUGGCAGCCAGCGACGUCCGUUAGGCGAUGGCAAUGCCGCACCACAUGCACCCUGGGAGGAGGUGCUGAGGAACUACAAAGUGCAAUCAAGCGGCGGCAUGAAACAAUGGUAUCUGCUCUCGCUCUUCAUCGGCGACGCUGUGCGAGAUGUGCCGCUGUGCAAGCACCUGGCCAAGCGGAUGCCAUGUCCAGGCACUGGACCACUGCCGCCUCCGCAGCCGCGCUAAGAAGUGCAAAUGGAUUAAAAAUCGUAAUACUCGUAUUUAAGGGCGGGUAGUCAGUCAGUCAGUCAACUGCACGAACAUCUUUCUUUCAGCACAACUUUCUGUCUAUCUCUUCAUUCACAUUCAUUCCGUACUGUUAGUUGGGGAUUCUAAUUUAAACAACAGACAGCAUAGGCUUAGUCAGUCUUAUAAGUAAAGUAAGUGUAUGUGUUUCUCUAUGUAUCUGCAUGUGAAGCAUAA